UCAGAGUUUGAGUUGAAACAUAACAGGUUUUUAUAUAAAAACAAAAACAAGUGAAGAUGUAAAUUAGAGUGGUGGUGGUGGGGUGUCUCCAUGGCAACAAAUCAACAUGACAAUGAGAAAGAGGAAGAGAGGGAGGGAGGGGAGGAGGGAGGAGGUCGUUUCCACAGCAACAUAACAACAGAACAAGAAGAAAACAGGAGAGAGGAGAGAACGACUGUGAAAGAGAAGAAAAAGAAAAGAAAGUAAAUCACCAGAGAAAAAUAGAAAGAAGGAAAAGAAAGAGAGAAGGAGAAAGAAGAAUAAAAAAAGAAGAAGUGAAAGAGUGGAUCUGCAGCAGCAGGGAAGAUGGCCUGUUUCCGUGGCAACCAAGAGAAGUUUUAUGGAGAAGUUCUCCUAUUGGACGAGACAAAGAUCUCGCUAACGGCUGAGCGAGGCAUCAAGAAAUCCUCAAAGGCGGCGGCCAUCUUGAACCAGGUGUAUUCUCACCUGAACCUGGUUGAAGUUGAAUUCUUCGGUUUGAGAUUCUGUGACAACAAACAUCAGACGGUGAUAACAUGAAACUGACCUGAAAUAGCUUCACUGAAUUUUAUAGAAACGUUAAUAAUGAAUUUGUUUUUGUUUCAGCUCUGGUUGAAUCCUUCAAAAACUCUGUCACAACAUCGAGAGCUCAGCAAGUUUUUUUUUUACUCUGUAGCAUUUUGAGAUUUCUUUCGAAGUGUGAAAAGUGUGUUAGAAAUAAAAUGUAUUAUUAUUAUCAUUAUUAUUAAGUUUUUAGUCUCAACAAAAAUAUUUAUUUUUUUUAUAUUCAGUUUUAAUUUUAAAAAUCUGUUUUCCCUCUGUUUUAUCUCAGUCGGGCCUCCGUAUAUUUUUUAUUUUGGAGUCAGAUUUUACGCUGAAGAUCCAUCGAAGCUGAAAGAGGAAACACGGUUCCAGUUUUACCUGCAGGUUUGUCAGGAUGUCCGCCGAGGUCGCCUGCUGUGCCCCCCCCACCUCAAACCUCGACUCUUCGCUCUGAUGCUGCAGGCUGAUCGAGGUGACCACGGUGGACCGGAGAUGAUGGACUCAGAGGAAAACCAGGAAAUACAAAACCUCUACAGAUCAUUCAGUGGUGUCUCUCGUCCUCAGGCUCAGAGCCUCUUCCUGUCUCUCUGCAGUUCUCUGCAGAUGUACGGAGUGUCUCUGUUCAACGCCUACGGGGAGAACCAGUCUGACUACUUCCUGGGUCCAACCCCAGUAGGCGUGGUCAUCUACAAGAACAAAGUGCUGGUGGGAAAAUAUUUCUGGCAGAGAAUCACCAAACUUCACUUUAAAGACGAGACGUUUGAGCUCAGAGUUGUUGGAAAAAAUGGCUCAGAGACGUCGUUCUUCUUUCAAAUGUCUGAUCGAUAUGAGUGUAAACGUCUGUGGAGAUGUUGUGUCGACCAUCACAUCUUCUUCAGGAUGUCAGAGUCAAAUCCUUUGACAAACAAAAUGAAACACAACAGCACUGCUCGCUCACCCAGUUUGUCUUUUCCUCGGCUGAAUGGCAGCAUGAGAAACAAAACUUUCUGUAUGAGACCAAAACACCACAAUGAGUUUACUCAUUUAACUGUCUCCGCCCACCUCUUCUCCAGCCAAUCAGACAGCAGAGAAUGUUUGCAGUGAACCAUGUGACAACGCAGGCAGCACCACCUGCUGUUCAAAGGUCUGAGGGCAGGGUAGAGGAGGACCAUGCGAAGCCCAGUGUACCAUGGGAAAGCAGCGGCCCUCUGAG